CGACGAUGCUGCCAAUAUGGAGCCUCAUCUACGUGCUCGUGCUCUUCGUCUCGUUCAUCGCGACGUCCAUGGCCGUGUACACCAUGUUCCGCCUGAAGCGGCGCAUCCGAACCUGCGUCUUCUACGCCACAUACGCGUACUUUAUCUCACGCACGGUCUACUCGCUCACGCGCGCGGUCGUCCUCGCCGCUGUCGUCGACCAGUUCUUCCAGGCCAACUCGACGUGGAUGGAGAUCGAUAGCCUCCGCGACGUGAGCGCCUUUAGCCCGCUCACCGACAGCUCCAACGAUCCAACCUUGGACGCGCCGCCCAACGUCGUCAUGUGGUUCCUCCUCAUUGGCGACGCCGCACUCAUUGCAGGCGCGCUUUGGAUGCUCGUGCUCGUGCUGGAGCUCGUGCGCUUGGCGCGCAAGGCCAUGGACCGCGGUUCGAUCCGCGAAGCCCGCACAAUCAAGUACUAUGGCGCCGCCAUCAUGGUCCUUGUGCUUUCGUACUUUGCGCUCUCGUUCGUGCUCUCGACGGGGCGCACGGAAGGCACGAUGCCCAACACGAUGACUGUGAGCUUUUACUCGGGGCGGUUCAAGUCGGUGCUCAUUACUGCGAUUUCGAUUCAAUCGGGCGUCAUCCUGCUCGUCGCCACGGCGAUGUGGUUUUUGCGCCGACGCGGCCGCAACUUUGAAAGCGUCGACGGCGAGCUCACGACGUCGCCGCUCUACAUGCGUCUCAAGCGCAUCCUCUCAGUCUACUGCAUCAUGUCGCUUCCGUACAUUGCCAUGACGUGGCUCUCGCUCAUUUGCUCGCUUCUCGAUACUGAGUGUCCGUCCGUGCUUCUCGGUAUCGCAACGAUUUUGUACUUUGCGUCGGGUCUAGCCUUUGCCAUCGUCAUGGUCGGAAGCCAACAGUGCUGCUACGCGUGUCUCUUGCCCGCGGACGAAGUGCGCACGGCCCAACUCCACUUAUCGCCGAGCCCCAAGCACGCGCAGUCCCCGGUUGCGUACCCCGUCUUUGUCAACACCGACAUUGAAUCCUCAAGCUUGCUCUGGGGCCAGCUUGGCCAGACCAUGCACGACGCCCAAGAGCUUCACGACAACCUCCUAAGAUCGCUGAUUGUCAAGCACCAUGGGUACGAGAUCACGACCUGCGGCGACGCGUUCCAGCUCGCGUUCCAGUCCAUUGCGGACGCUGUUGCCUACUGCUUGGAUGUCCAGUUGGAGCUCAUGAACCAGCCGUGGCCCGUCGAAUUUGUCGACUCGGGUCUUCCCGGCAGUCUUACUGUCUCGAUCCGCACCAAGCACGUACCGCUGACAAAGCCCAAGCACAUGUAUUUAUUCCACGGCAUCCGCGUGCGCAUGGGGAUCCAUGCAGCGUCCGAAGCCGAGGGCCAGCUUUUCCACCAAGUGCACCCGGUGACGCACCGGACAACGUACGUCGGUCUCUCGGAGCUCAUUGGGCGCGAAGUCAGCGAUCUCGGCAACGGCGGGCAGAUCGUCGUGACGACCCCGAUCGCCAAGUGGCUCGAGUCGCAAGCGCUGGCCGAUACCGAGUGGAGCAACGCCAACCCGUUCGUCGUGCAAGAUCUCGGGGUCUACCGCGUCGCAGACCUCAAGAUCGAUUUGGGUCUGGCCGAAGUGCUGCCGCUGGCGCUCAAAGAUCGCCGCGCGCACUUUCAAUCGAUUGCGAAUGUGCAAAGUCGCAAGUCGUAUACGCGGCACGAUAGCACCGCGUACGGCCUCGUUGGCUCGCCACGAGAUACGCUCGCGCGUUUAGUCUAGUCUAGUCGAAUAGAAGUAUAGUAAUUUAGUAUGUAUUGGUAUUCUCGUCGUCGUGGUGAGAGUGUCAAGUCGUGGACGCUCCUCACGCCACGUAAUCGCCCGGGUCGUGUAGACAGUUGAUGAUGGAGUAAUACGACAAAACAAUUGUACUAUAAAGUGGCUACUGCCCCAACAUGGACA